UGCAGUAUAAAUAGUAACGAAAGGGGCGUUCCCUCGGUGACAUGUGGAGGAGGUAAGAAGAGGAUUGUUGCCGAGGACGCAUUCAGCUGUCAGAGAUAACGCCGCUCAGCCUGCUCUUACCUGGAGUUUCACCACCAUGGACUUAACCGAGGAUAGCGCUGUGGAAAUUAUCCUGUGCUGACCCACUUCUUCACACGUUUGUCUGCCUCUGUCCGUCUUUGACGCCUCCUUUCCUAUCUGCCAGGUGUAGACCAACCUGAGAAACCAUGUCGGACAAAAUGUCCAGUUUCCUCCAUAUUGGGGACAUUUGUUCCCUGUAUGCAGAGGGCACCACCAGUGGAUUUAUCAGCACUUUAGGGCUUGUGGAUGACCGCUGUGUGGUACAACCAGACACAGGCGACCUCAACAACCCACCCAAGAAAUUCAGAGACUGCCUUUUCAGACUGUGUCCUAUGAACAGAUACUCAGCGCAGAAACAGUUCUGGAAGGCGGCAAAACCUGGAGGCAACAGCACCACUGACACAGUUCUCCUCAACAAACUACAUCAUGCUGCUGACCUGGAGAAGAAGCAGAAUGAGUCUGAAAAUCGCAAGCUGCUAGGAACAGUCAUCCAGUAUGGAAAUGUCAUCCAGUUGCUGCACUUGAAAAGCAAUAAAUAUCUGACAGUGAACAAGCGCCUACCUGCACUGUUGGAGAAGAAUGCCAUGAGAGUGACUCUGGACUCAGCAGGAAAUGAGGGAUCCUGGUUCUACAUCCAGCCUUUCUACAAGCUGCGGUCCCUGGGAGACAGUGUGGUGAUUGGAGAUAAAGUGGUCCUUAACCCUGUGAAUGCUGGACAGCCUCUACAUGCCAGCAGCCACCAGCUGGUUGACAACCCAGGAUGCAAUGAGGUUAAUUCUGUAAAUUGCAACACGAGCUGGAAGGUUGUUCUCUUCAUGAAAUGGAGUGACAACAAGGAAACAAUACUCAAAGGGGGUGAUGUAGUCCGGUUGUUUCAUGCAGAGCAGGAGAAGUUCCUCACAUGUGACGACCACAGGAAGAAGCAGUAUGUUUUUCUAAGAACAACAGGCCGACAAUCUGCCACUUCUGCCACAAGCAGCAAAGCACUGUGGGAAGUAGAGGUUGUCCACCAUGACCCAUGUAGGGGAGGUGCAGGCUACUGGAACAGCCUGUUCAGGUUUAAACACUUAGCCACAGGGUGUUAUUUGGCUGCUGAAAUGGGUGAGGUGAAUCAAGACUUUGAGGAGGAGAGCGCUGAGCAGCGAUCCUCGGUGGUGGACUUUACUCCCUUUAAUUUCCAGCUGGAUGCAGAUAAUGAAGCAUUACGAGGUCGUCUGCGAGCUCCACAGGAAAAGAUCAUGUACACUUUGGUGCCUGUUCCUGAUGGCAUGGACAUCUCCUCCAUCUUUGAGCUGGACCCCACCACUCUGAGAGGCGGGGACUCCAUGGUGCCCAGGAGCUCCUAUGUGAGACUAAGACACUUGUGCACCAACACGUGGGUCCAUAGCACCAACAACCCCAUUGACAAGGAGGAGGAGAAACCUGUUAUGUUACGGAUUGGAACAUCGGCAGUAAAAGAGGACAAAGAAGCUUUUGCUAUUGUACCGGUACCACCAGCAGAAGUGCGGGAUUUAGACUUUGCCAAUGAUGCCAGUAAAGUGUUGGCCUCCAUUGCUGGGAAGCUGGAAAAGGGAACCAUCACACAAAAUGAAAGAAGGUUUGUGACCAAGCUCCUGGAAGAUCUAGUUUUCUUUGUUGUGGACAUCCCCAAUAGUGGGCAGGAUGUUUUGGAGAUAAUGGUUAACAAACCCAACAGAGAAAGACAGAAACUCAUGAGAGAGCAGAAUAUCCUCAAGCAGAUUUUCAAACUUCUCCAAGCCCCUUUCACAGACAGUGGUGAUGGUCCCAUGCUCCGACUGGAGGAACUCGGAGACCAGCGCCAUGCUCCUUUUAGACAUAUUUGCAGGCUUUGCUACAGAGUGUUACGGCAUUCCCAGCAGGAUUACAGGAAGAACCAGGAAUACAUAGCUAAACAAUUCCGCUUCAUGCAAAAGCAGAUAGGAUAUGAUGUGCUGGCAGAAGACACAAUAACAGCUCUGCUCCACAACAACCGGAAGCUGCUGGAGAAACAUAUCACUGCUGCAGAGAUAGACACGUUUGUCACUCUAGUGAGGAAGAAUCGGGAGCCAAGGUUUCUCGACUACCUCUCAGAUCUCUGUGUGUCCAUGCACAAGUCCAUCCCUGUGACACAGGAGCUCAUCUGCAACGCCGUACUGGACCCAACCAAUGGUGACAUCCUCAUCGAGACUAAAUUGGUCCUGUCGAGGUUUGAGAUCGAGGCGCCAUCAAAUGGAGAGAGUCCGGUGGAGGCAGAGGAUGAAGAGGAGGUCUGGCUCUUCUGGAAAGACAAUUGUAAAGAAAUCCGCAGUAAGAGCAUCCGGGAGUUGGCCCAGGAUGCAAAGGAAGGCCAGAAGGAGGACCAGGAGGUGGUCAGCUACUACAGGUGCCAGCUGAACCUCUUUGCCCGAAUGUGUCUGGACCGUCAGUACCUGGCCAUCAACAAGAUUUCUGGUCAGUUGGAUGUGGAUUUGAUCCUGCGCUCCAUGUCUGAUGAGGAUCUGCCCUUUGACCUGCGGGCGUCUUUCUGCCGCCUGAUGCUCCACAUGCAUGUGGACCGUGACCCACAGGAGCAGGUCACACCUGUCAAAUAUGCCCGUCUUUGGUCUGAGAUUCCCUCCAAGAUUGCUAUUGAUGACUAUGACAACGAUGGAACCACCAGAGAUGAGAUCAAAGAGCGGUUCUGCCUUACAAUGGAUUUUGUGGAAAACUACCUGAGAGAGGUGGUGUCACAGAACAUUCCCUUCUCUGACAAGGAAAAAAACAAGCUUACCUUUGAGGUAGUGAACCUGGCAAGGAACCUUAUAUACUUUGGUUUCUACAACUUCAGCGACCUGCUGCGACUGACAAAGAUCUUACUAAACAUUUUAGACUGUGUCCAUGUCAGCACCAUUUACCCCAUCAACAAGAUGGAGAAAGGAGAGGAAAACAAAGCUGGCAGUAAUGUGAUGAAAUCCAUUCAUGGAGUCGGGGAGUUGAUGACCCAGGUUGUGCUACGUGGAGGCGGCUUAUUGCCCACCACGCCAACUCAUCAGCCUGAGGGAGAUGUGGUUAAAACUCAGACUGAACCAGAGAGAGAGGACAUCAUGGUCAUGGACACGAAGCUCAAAGUCAUUGAGAUUCUACAGUUCAUUUUGAACGUACGACUAGACUACAGGAUCUCCUGCCUACUUUGUAUUUUCAAACGUGAGUUUGAUGAGAACAACCCACAAGGAGAUAACACUCCCAGCCAGAAUGGGACUAACAAUAUCACAGGACAGAUGCCAGGAAACCUUGACUUUGAGAACAUUGAAGAACAGGCAGAGGGGAUUUUUGGAGGAAGUGAGGAAAACACUCCACUAGACCUGGAUGACCAUGGAGGUCGUACCUUCCUGAGGGUCCUGCUGCACCUGACCAUGCACGAUUACCCUCCUCUCGUGUCUGGGGCCCUUCACCUGCUCUUCAGACACUUCAGUCAGAGGCAGGAGGUCCUCAUGGCCUUCAAACAAGUCCAGCUGCUGGUGACCAGUCAGGAUGUGGAUAACUAUAAGCAGAUCAAGUCAGAUCUGGACCAGCUGCGUUCUAUUGUUGAGAAGUCUGAACUGUGGGUUUAUAAGAGACAAGGAGAGGAUGGGAUGGAUGGAGAUGGACCUUCAGAGUCUGACAACAAAAAGAAGGGAGACUCCCCUGGUUCAGACAAGAAAAAGACAGAAAGCACCAGCAGUUACAACUACAGGGUUGUAAAAGAGAUCCUGCUGCGUCUCAGUAAGCUGUGUGUCCAGGAGGGGAGCUCAGGGAAGAAGAGUAAGAAGCAACAGCAGAGGCUGCUGAGGAACAUGGGAGCUCACAGUGUGGUGCUGGAGCUCCUACAGAUCCCCUAUGAGAAGGGCGAGGAUGUUCGAAUGCAGGAGAUCAUGAAACUGGCUCAUGAGUUCCUGCAGAAUUUCUGUGCAGGAAAUCAGCAGAAUCAGGCUCUUCUCCACAAACACAUCAACUUGUUUCUUAACCCAGGGAUCCUGGAGGCAGUCACCAUGCAGCACAUCUUCAUGAAUAACUUCCAGCUGUGCAGUGAGAUCAACGAGCGAGUAGUUCAACACUUUGUCCACUGUACUGAGACCCACGGUCGACAUGUUCAGUAUCUGAAGUUCCUGCAGACCAUUGUGAAGGCUGAGAACAAGUUCAUUAAGAAGUGUCAGGACAUUGUCAUGGCUGAGCUGGUGAACUCGGGCGAGGACGUCCUGGUCUUCUACAAUGAUCGUGCCUCCUUUCAGACACUAGUCCAGAUGAUGCGUUCAGAGCGGGACCGCAUGGAUGAAAACAGCCACCUCAUGUACCACAUCCACCUGGUGGAGCUGCUGGCUGUGUGCACUGAGGGGAAAAAUGUCUACACAGAGAUCAAGUGUAAUUCCCUGCUGCCACUGGAUGACAUCGUACGGGUUGUCACCCAUGAAGACUGUAUCCCUGAGGUGAAGAUUGCCUACAUAAACUUCCUAAACCACUGCUAUGUCGACACAGAGGUGGAGAUGAAAGAGAUCUAUACCUCCAAUCAUAUGUGGAAGCUGUUUGAGAACUUCCUUGUGGACAUUUGUAGGGUGUGCAACAACACCAGUGACAGGAAACAUGCAGAUACUACGCUGGAACGUUAUGUAACUGAGACAGUCAUGAGCAUUGUCACAUGUUUCUUUAGCUCUCCUUUCUCUGACCAGAGCACAAGCCUGCAGACUCGUCAGCCGGUAUUUGUGCAGCUGCUCCAAGGAGUGUUCAGGGUAUACCACUGUAACUGGCUCAACCCUGUCCAGAAGGCUUCAGUGGAGGCUUGUAUUAAAGUACUCUCAGACGUGGCUAAGAGCAGAGCUAUCGCCAUCCCAGUGGACCUGGAUAGUCAGGUGAACAACUUGUUUGUCAAGUCUAAUAAUGUCGUGCAGAAGAGCAUCCUCAGCUGGAGGCUGUCUGCAAAGAACACUACCAGACGAGACUCCGGCUUGACUAGCUCCAAAGACUACAGGAACAUCAUUGAGAGGCUACAGGAUAUAGUGUCAGCACUGGAGGACCGUCUGAGGCCACUCGUCCAAGCUGAGCUCUCAGUGCUGGUGGAUGUCCUCCAUCGUCCAGAGCUGCUCUUCCCAGAGAACACAGAAGCUCGCAAGAAAUGUGAAAGUGGAGGUUUCAUAUCAAAACUGAUCAAACACACCAAGCAGUUGCUGGAGGAGAAUGAGGAGCGGCUGUGCAUCAAAGUACUGCAGACACUGAGGGAAAUGAUGACAAAAGACCGGGGCUAUGGGGAGAAGCUGAUUGCCUUUGAUGAUGAAAUGGAUGUGGCUGAGCUGGCACCUCCACCUGAGCCUGAAGUCCCUGCAGAGGAGCUUGAUCCCAACCAGCCGCAGAAGCAACUGGAGGAUCAAAGGAGGGGUGAAGCUCUGCGACAGAUCUUGGUCAAUCGAUACUAUGGAAACAUCAAAACUGGCCCGAGGAGAGAUAGUCUGACAACCUUCAGCAAUGGCCCACUCAGUCCUGGAGGGCAGGGAAAGUCCCCUACAGUAGUUGUCAGCUCGGGGGUCGGAGGUCGAGGGGAGCUGAGUUUGGCAGAGGUCCAGUGCCACCUGGACAAAGAAGGGGCUUCUGAUCUGGUCAUUGAUCUAAUCAUGAACGCUACCAGCGACCGGAUCUUCCAGGAGAGCAUAUUGUUGGCCAUCGCACUGCUGGAGGGUGGAAACACGGUCAUCCAGCGGUCAUUCUACAAUCGUUUGACGGGUGAUAACAAGUCAGAAAAAUUCUUCAAGGUGUUUUAUGAGCGAAUGAAGCUGGCUCAGCAGGAGAUUAAAGCCACUGUGACUGUGAAUACUAGUGACCUGGGCAGCAAGAAGAAGGAUGAGGAGCCACCAGACAAAGACACACCAGCCCGCAAGAAAGUCAAAGAUGUGCCGGUGGUAGCAGUGGCGACAGAGGAGGUGAAGGAGCAGCUAGUGGAGGCCUCUGCUGUCACCAAGAAGGCCUUCACAACCUACCGCCGCGAGGCCGAAGCCGAAGAGCACCAGGCAGCCGCAGACGGCACCCCCGUCCCAACCUCUGAUAAGGGUCAGGAGGAAGGCGAAAUGAGCGUCAUAAUCACUAUCAUGCAGCCCAUCUUGCGCCUCAUGCAGCUGCUCUGUGAGAACCACAACAGAGAUCUGCAGAACUUUCUGCGUAACCAGAAUAACAAGAACAACUAUAAUCUGGUGUGUGAGACACUUCAGUUCCUGGACUGCAUCUGUGGCAGCACCACAGGAGGACUGGGGCUGCUGGGACUUUACAUCAAUGAAAAGAACGUAGGACUCAUCAACCAGACUGUGGAGAGCCUGACUGAGUACUGCCAAGGUCCCUGUCAUGAGAACCAGAACUGCAUUGCCACUCAUGAAUGCAAUGGAAUUGACAUCAUCAUCGCUCUCAUUCUCAAUGACAUCAACCCUCUGGGCAAGAAGAGGAUGGAUCUGGUGCUGGAACUCAAAAAUAAUGCCUCCAAGCUUCUUCUCGCAAUUAUGGAGAGUCGCCAUGACAGCGAGAAUGCUGAGAGGAUACUGUACAACAUGAGGCCUAAAGAGCUGGUGGAAGUGAUCAAAAAGGCCUACAUGCAGGGUGAGAUAGAGGUGGAGGAGCCGCCAGAGGGUGAAGAUGGAGAGGAGGAGCACUCUGCGUCUCCACGCAAUGUUGGUCAUAAUAUCUACAUCUUGGCACAUCAAUUAGCACGUCACAACAAGGAACUGCAGGCUAUGUUGAAGCCAGGGGGCACAUAUGGAGAGGGCGAUGAGGCCCUGGAGUUCUAUGCCAAACACACAGCUCAGAUUGAGAUUGUACGACUGGAUCGCACCAUGGAGCAGAUCGUGUUUCCUGUGCCAAACAUCUGCGAGUUCCUCACCCAAGAGUCGAAACUGCGUGUGUACUACACCACAGAGCGGGAUGAGCAAGGCAGCAAGAUCAAUGACUUCUUCCUGAGUUCUGAAGAUCUCUUCAAUGAAAUGAACUGGCAGAAGAAGCUGCGAGGUACUCAAGAGGCUACUGGUAACACAAACACCGUUCCCUCUCAGCCCAUCCUGUACUGGUGCUCCAGGAACAUGUCAUUCUGGAGCAGCAUCUCCUUCAACCUGGCUGUGCUCAUGAACCUGCUCGUGGCCUUCUUCUACCCUCUGGAGGGUGUCCGUGGAGGUACCCUGGAGCCCCAUCUGUCUGCCCUGCUGUGGAUGGCCAUGCUGGUUUCUCUGGCUAUUGUCAUCGUCUUGCCUCAGCCUCACGGCAUCCGGGCACUCAUUGCUUCCACUAUACUGCGUCUGAUCUUCUCAGUAGGCCUGGAGCCCACAUUGCUCCUGCUGGGAGGGUUCAAUUUAUGUAAUAAGGUCAUCUUCCUGAUGAGCUUCGUUGGGAACCGGGGAACCUUCACACGUGGCUACAAAGCCAUGAUCACGGAUGUGGAGUUCCUGUACCACCUGCUCUACCUGAUUAUCUGCAGUCUGGGGGUUUUCUAUCAUGUCUUCUUUUACAGCCUGCUGCUCUUUGAUCUGGUUUACCGAGAAGAGACCCUGCUGAACGUAAUAAAGAGCGUGACCCGAAAUGGACGCUCCAUUGUUCUGACAGCCGUGUUGGCUCUUAUCCUUGUCUACCUCUUCUCCAUUGUGGGCUAUAUCUUCUUCAAAGACGAUUUCAUCUUGGCUGUCGACAGGAUACCUAACAAAACACUAGAGCAUGGAGCCAGUAUGGUGGGAGAGUUCUUCUCAGGUACAGUGUGCCAGAAGGAGAAUGGGGAGAAUUGUUCAACAGAGGCUGUGAUGGAUGCGUCCCACGCCGUCCAGCCGUCAGCGGUGGUGAUCGAGGACAAGGAACGGGCAUGUGACUCCUUGCUCAUGUGCAUUGUCACAGUAUUGAGUCACGGCCUCAGGAGUGGAGGAGGGGUUGGGGACGUCCUGCGAAAGCCAUCCAAAGAGGAGCCCCUUUUUGCAGCCAGGGUGAUUUACGACCUGCUCUUCUUCUUCAUGGUCAUCAUUAUCGUCCUCAACCUCAUCUUUGGUGUCAUCAUUGAUACAUUUGCUGACCUGAGGAGUGAGAAGCAGAAAAAAGAGGAAAUAUUGAAGACAACAUGUUUUAUUUGUGGUUUGGAGAGAGACAAGUUUGACAAUAAGACAGUUACUUUCGAAGAACACAUCAAAGUGGAGCACAACAUGUGGCACUACUUGUUCUUCAUCGUCCUGGUGAAAGUCAAGGAUUCGACAGAGUACACUGGCCCGGAGAGCUACGUGGCCGAAAUGAUCAGGGACCACAACUUGGACUGGUUCCCACGGAUGCGGGCCAUGUCCUUGGUCAGCAGCGACGCAGACGGGGAGCAGAACGAGAUCAGAAACCUGCAGGAGAAGCUGGAGUCCACCAUGAAGCUGGUGUCCAACCUGUCAGGGCAGCUGACAGAGCUCAAAGAACAGAUGACGGAACAGAGGAAGCAGAAGCAGCGUAUUGGCCUGUUGGGACACCCUCAGCACAUGAACGUUAACCCCCAGCAGCCUGCGUAAGAUUCAGCCGAACUCGGCCCUGCAGAUGCUCGACGCCGGCUGUGAAUGUGCAGUCCUCCCUUCACAGGUUGCACGCAAUGUGAUCUGCACUGAGUGUGAGUGUAACUUAUAACAGUAGGGAAACACUGUAACAUAGGUAGUCAUAAGGCGAUGUGUAGCUACUACCCCACGCAUGUGUUACUGCUAACAGUAACACUCACCCACCUCAUUCUGUUCGGUCCGGUUGGAAUUGGUGCCAAAUGUUUUCUAUGUAGAAAUAAAUUGGAAAUUCAACACAUGGCCUUCACUGGUUGAACUUGAAACGUGACAUAGCUGACUGGACAGGAGGAAUUAGUCCCAUUUGUUUUUCAUUUUUUAUUUUAUUUUCAUGUUUUCUAUUUAUAUUUCUGACAUAAUGAGCAGUAUUAAAUGUCUUAUUUUUGUAUGUUGUGCAAUAUUUUAAAUUAAAUAUGCAACCUCAUCAGUGUGUGGAUUUAAGUCCCAUCAAUUAUGUCUUAUUUAAAAGCGUGGGCCAAUGUUUCUAUUUGUACUUUAUUGCCACUGGAUAAAAUAGGGAGUAGUUUGUUGUCUUUACUUACGCAAGUAUAGAGAUAAUAUUUAAUAAGCCGGCCUUCUUAACUUUACUUUUCUUUUUUUUCUUGAAAAUGUGCAUAUUUCUUGAGUGUCAGCUGGACUCAAUAGAGAUAGUAUAUUGUGUGAGAGCAAUAUAUACAGAUAGUUUUCACCUGUUUAAAUCCAAUGGUGUCACAUGUCAGUGCUGACUUAUUUUAUGAUAAAUUUGCUUUCUUAUUUAAUUUGGAUCUAACAGACAUUUAGAAUGUUUGACUUGUCAGUCAAAUACAUACACUCACUCAUGCUUUUGCAAUUUGCUCAGGAGUUGUGUAACACUUUCUGUAAUAUUAGCAUAAUUUCCUCUUCUGCAGCAAACUUGUUCCAUUCGUGCCUGUUUUCAUCCCCAUUUUAAAGUCUGAUACAAGUUUGCUGCUUGUGCAGAGUCACAAACUUUUGCGUUCAUGUGGACUGAGACGUUUUAGUUGGAUUUCAUGCUACUGUUAGAGCGAUCCCUUUUCUUUUGGACUACUUUGUGUACAUAAAGUUUGUUGCUUAUCUUUGCUUUUGUAUAGAAAAAAUGAGGUGGAGAAAAAACGGUUACUCAUGAAUGUUAAGAUAAAGUAAGCACUGUCAAUUUGUAUAUUAAAGUAGAAUUAUUUAUUAAAAUCGAUGUAAUUAUCCUUUA